AUGUUGAAAAGUGUCUUCCCAAUUUGGUCAAAAAAACGACCGCUUGAACAUGUUGGUAGUGAUGGUAAUAAUUUUCUGAAGACAACAAGUGGAGAAGACGAAGUGAUCAAUCAAUUUUGUUUUUCUCACGACAAGAAGCUUGGUAAAGAAUCAUUACGAUUGGUUAUUUUGGCUGAAAGUGAACGACGAUUAUUAUUCGAUAGUGAAACUGUUUUACCUGUGAAUACGCCUGACAUUCCAGCUAAGACACCGCUUUCAAACUGUGGUCGGUUUAGGUUUCUAAGACAUCGUCCAGAUGUUUCCUGUAUUGGACAAAUGAUAUUUGGUUCGCUAUCCACGACAAAAAAUGAAUCCUUUAAAAUACAUUCUUUAAGUGAUAGUAAACAGAUUAUGGUAAGUCGCGUUAUUUUGGUCCCAAAAGUAACAAGACCGUCAAACAGCGACAUCAAAUUACCCGUUAGUAGUACUAGUAGUGCUGAUUCGGAAAGUCCCUAUUCAACAGUUUGUUCAUUGGAGGGAUUGCGCAGACGAGCAUAUUGCAGCUCACAGACUGAUCCUCCUGAAGGUUUUACCCGAGUGCAAAAUGUUUCCCUGCAGAUGGAUACCGAAGAAGGAAAUGUGAAAUCUUGUAGGGCUUUUUCACCUAGUCGUCUUUCUCGACAUCGUCGUAUGCAGCUUGCGCAACGGAGCAAUUUAUGUGAUGAAAGUAAAAUAUUUGCAUUUUUUGAAGCUUCGUCAGUAGCGGAUUUCACGUCGAGUGAGGUCUAUAACUCAGGUCGUUGGUGUAGCCGAAGUCGUUUAAGUAGCUGUAGUUCAACAGCAGACGAAGAAUCGAGACAGAUUGCAAUUGGAGUAUUAUUCCGAGAAGAGCAGAAACAGUUUCUGCUGUGUCAUAUUCCUCUUAUUGAAAUUGAAAUUAUCAAAUUGGAGGCUCAAAUUCUGAAAGCAACAGUCUCUCGCACUCGUUUUUUGCAUUUAUUAUUUGAGGCGUGGUUAGAGUUGGUGCAUAAUGUUUGUUUACUGUACAAUUCAUACCGAUUUCGCUCUCCGGUCUGGUUGAGUCUGAUGAAUGAAAAAGAGUAUGCUUCAACGGCUAAUAAUUUCUGUACCAAUUUAGCUGCACUGAUUUGUGAAUAUGAUUUGAAAUCUACACGAUACUUUGUAUCCACGUUAUUGUCUUGUGUCUUGAUGAAUCAUCUUGCAUGGGUUGCGAGUGUUACGCCAUCGGAAGAUUGCGAAGAUCUUCAUCGCUCGCUUCUGAUGGGGACGAGCGGAAGUUCAGAUUGUAUGCGCUAUCCGUACAAUGCUCAGUUAGCUCAGUACAUGGAAAUAAGCGGUAGUGUGGGUGGUGCUGCACGUUUAGCUCGAACAGUUAUCAUCGGAAAUGAUAUGAAAUUGAUAACACAUUUGCUCUACAUUCUUACAUAUUUUGUGCGAUGUUCAGCAAUUCAGCCAAAUGGAAAUAAAGCUGACAAAUGGGAUUCACGACCAGAAAUGAGAUCUUUUUCACCGAUCACUUGCAGCGGAGAUGGUAAUGUUGAUUUUGGCAAAAAAUACUCAUUAAGAAAAAAAGUUGACAAUAAAGAGCCAGAAUUUGUGGUUCUUCGGGAGGCAGCGGAACCGGGUGUUAAUGCGAAACAUUCUGAAUUGUAUUUUCCUUUAACGUGUGACACUGGUGAUUCGACGGAUACAAGUUUGGCUUGGUCUAUGUUGGCUGGGCCUUGCGAUUCUUAUUGCUCACACUUUGUUAUAUGCGGGUUACGCUUGGCUGCCAUUGAUUUGAAAGAGACUUAUUGCUCAGUGAUGUGCCAUAUAAAGAACGGGGAAUCAGAAUUGAUCAGCACAUCUUUUCCGGAAUCAUCCUUUUCAUCAACUGCUGAUUCUGCUCCAUUUAGUCCAACUGUUGUGGUGCUUGCCGAUGCGACAAAUUAUACCGUGAAGAUGAUAUCGGGAGAUGAUACAAGUGUCGGCGAAAGUCAAAUGACGGCACCAUGUGAUGCAGUAGUGACGAUGCUGGAGCAGUUUGGUGAUUUGUAUCGGCUUGGCGCAGCUCCAACAUUUUUGUUAUCUUUCAUCGAAGACUGUCUAAGCGAUAUCCUGACACGAUCACUUUCACUGGUGGAGUUGUUGAAUGGUGCCACAGGGAAUAGCAAGGGUAGAACACAGGUUACACCGGCUACUGUCACGGCAGAACGUGUUGUGAGCGUUAUUGGCUGUGAUUAUUCAGAUUUACGUCUUAUUGUUAAUGUUGCUGCUGUAUACUAUCCUUCCGUUUUACAAGCUAUUAUAUAA